AUGAUCGACUCACCAGAUAUCAUACUUAUUUCUGAAACAUGGUUCAAAAAUGACUUAAUUAUAAAUACUAGCAACUACAACUGCUUUUACAAUAAUAGAACAAACAAACAAGGUAGAGGUGUUGCAAUUUUUACAAAACAUGAUAUAAUUGCUUAUGAAGUAUCAGUUUCACCUUUAUAUAAAGAAGUUGAACAAAUAUGGUGUAGCAUUGUACAUCAUAAAACAAAAAUAUUAGUUGGAUGUAUAUACAGACCACCAAACAGUACUGACCUAAUAAAUAAUGCAAUUAUUGAAUUAAUAAAAACUGCAAAAAAGGAAGUAAUGAAUGGAAAACACCAAAAUGUAAUAAUUGUUGGUGAUUUUAAUUACCCAAAUAUUAUUUGGAAUGAAGACGGAACUAUCGAGCUAAAGCAAAACUGCCAAACAAGCAGAGCAUUUAUUAAUAACUUGCAAAACAAUUAUUUACAUCAAGUAGUUAACAAGCCAACUUUUCAAAUGGCUGUUGAUAAACCAGCAAAUAUAUUAGAUUUAAUAAUAUGCGACGAUCUAGAUUUAAAAAUUAACAUUGAAUAUGAUGCUCCACUUGGUCAAAUUACUAAAAGCCAUUACAUAUUAAAAUGGGAAAUUAACAUACUCUAUUCAUAUGAGAAAAAAUUCAACAAUAAGAGAUUUAAUUUUCAAAACGGAAAGUACAAAGAAAUGAAUCUCAUGUUUUAUAAAGUAAAUUGGGUUGAAAUCUUUGACAAAAUGAAUACAAAUCAAUGUUAUGAAUACUUUUUAAAAAUUUAUGAAAAAGCUUGCAAACAAUAUAUUCCUCGCCACUUCAAACCCACUAGUUCUAUCAAAAAUCCAUGCAUUAAUAAAAAAAUCAAGAAUCUAGUUAGAAAAAAACGUAGUUUAUGUUUCCAAUCAGUAUUUGUCAAAGAAAAUCAAGAUUUACCAUAUUUCAGCAAUAAAACUAGUCAUUUAUUUGAAUGUGACUGGGACCAAGAACUAAAAGAAGAUAUUAUAUUUAAUUAUUUAUUAGAACUUAAUGAAAACAAGUCACUUGGUUGUGAUAACAUCAGUCCCUAUGUGCUAAAGCAUUGUGCAGAAGGAUUAUCCAAACCUUUGUCUUUAAUAUUCAAGAAAUCGAUACAUUCAGGAGAGCUGCCAGAAUUAUGGAAAUCUGCAAACAUUACACCACUUUUUAAAAAAGGAGACAAGAAAGAUCCACUCAACUACAGACCUAUCUCCUUAACAUUGAUACCAAGUAAGAUAAUAGAGAAAAUAAUUAGAAAAAAACUGAUAGUUUAUAUAACAGAAAACAAUCUGUUAACGUCUCAACAACAUGGAUUUAUACAAAAUAAAGGGUGCCUAACAAACCUAUUAGAAACUUUCGAUAUUAUUACAACUGAAAUUGAAAAUGGUUAUCCAGUUGAUAUAUUGUUCCUAGAUUUUGAAAAAGGCGUUCGAUAA